AUGAAUAGUUCAAAAGUUAGCGUCGGGGCUGGAAAGCUUUCUCACCACCUGCAGAAUGCGCAAAACCGCCUCCUUCUAAAAGGCGGUACUGUGGUGAACGAUGAUAGAAUGUUUCCUGCUGACGUUUAUAUUGAAGAUGGCAUUAUCAGCCAUGUUGUAGGUGGCAUUGACACUCAUACCCACAUGGAAAUGCCCUUCAUGGGCUCAUUCUCGGCUGAUGACUUUUAUUCUGGCACCAGAGCUGCAUUAGCAGGCGGUACAACAAUGAUAAUUGACUUCGUCUGUCCCAAGCGUGGUUCAUCUAUUUUACAAUCGUACGAGCAAUACAGACAAACUGCGGACUCAAAGGUUUGCUGCGAUUAUGCGCUCCACGUAAUUGUGCCGCAUUUUGACGAAAAAGUGGUCGAGGAAAUGAAGGUUUUAACCAACGAAAAGGGUGUCAAUUCUUUCAAGUGCUUCCUUGCGUACCCCGACGUGUUUAUGCUCGAAGAUGAUCAGCUCUAUGAUUUUUUCGUACACUGUCGUGAACUUGGAGCGAUUGCUCAGGUCCAUGCAGAGAACGGCAAAUUGAUUGCUCGUAAGCAGGAAGAACUGGUCAAGAAAGGCAUCCUGGGACCAGAAGGCCAUGCAUUUUCACGUCCCGAACAGUGUGAAGUGGAGGCCACUGGACGAGCAAUUACUUUAGCUGAUGCGGCUAAUUGUCCUCUUUACGUUGUUCAUGUUAUGAGUUCUGCUGCUGCGCAGAAGAUUUCCGACGCAAGACAAGAUGGAAUUUUGGUUGUUGGUGAAGCGAUUGCUGCAGGUCUGGCUACUGACGGAAGUCAUUAUUUAAAUAAAUGCUGGCGUCAUGCUGCUGGAUACGUGAUGAGCCCACCCUUACGUGAAAAAGGGACUCAGACAUUGCUCAUGAAAGCUCUUGCCAACGGCCAUUUGGAGUGUACUGGAACUGACCACUGCGUUUUCAAAGCAGAUCAAAAGGCUCUUGGCAAGGAUGACUUUCGCAAGAUACCCAAUGGGGUGAACGGCGUUGAGGACCGAAUGUCUGUUGUUUGGGAGAAGGGUGUGGUUUCAGGCAUCAUUGAUCCCUGCAAGUUCGUUGCCAUAACCAGCACAAACGCCGCCAAAAUAUUCAACAUUUACCCCCGUAAAGGUCGUAUUGAUGUUGGCUCUGAUGCCGACAUUGUAGUCUGGGACGCCGAAGCAACAAGAAUUAUCUCAGCCUCUACUCAUCACCAAAACGUCGAUUUUAACAUAUUCGAGGGCAUGGAAUGUCAUGGUAUACCCCAGGUAGUAAUAACGAACGGCCAUGUUGUGGUUGAUGAGGAUGGUGCCUUAAAAGUUAGUCAGGGGUCGGGACGUUUUGUUCCGACGCCAACGUUUUCGCCCUAUAUUUACUCUAAGGUGAAAGCUCGAGAUAAGCUCAGGCAAUAUGAACAAGUUAAACGCGAUCCAUAUACAGGACCGGUGGUUAACCUAGACACAGCGUUAAAAUCGAUAGAUCUUGGUAAAUCAGAGCAAACAGGCGAACCAACAGGCCACUUUCACUCGAGACCGCCUACCAAGUCGGGCAGCCGCAAUAUGCAAGAUUCCAGUUUUUCUUUAAAUGGUUCUCAAUAUGAUGACUCAGUGUCGACACGUGUUUCGACGCGCACAAUGCAGCCGCCAGGUGGGAAAUCUAGUUCCCUCUGCACAGCUCGCACAAUUCGCCCCGAUGCUGAUUUGCACAUAAACGGUUGCUCAACAGCACCCAAUGCAGGCUUAUUUGAUACGGCACCGACUGACGACGCAGAUCUGAAGCAUGUCAACUACCGUUAUAGACAAAUUGAGCAAAACAUUUCACUAUUCGAGGGUGUUCAAGUGAUUGAUGCCCAUGGCUGCUACAUCUUCCCUGGGGGUGUUGAUCCGGACUGCCGUCUCCUGAACCCUUCUGAUGAUAUCCCUGUUGCGGAUAAUUUUAGACGAGGCUCAUUGGCAUCCCUCUGUGGGGGCACCACAACGAUAGUUAACGAGGUUCCCGUCUGCCCUGGAAGCAGUAUAGUUGAGGCCUACAAUCGCCAGCGCACUGCUCUGGAUGCUGAGUGUUGUUGUGACUUCGCCCUUGCGCUUUCCGUUCCCCUUUUCUCGCCUGACGUUGCCAAUGAAAUGAUUUCGUUGGCUACGGCCAAGAAAGUUGUCUCCUUCUCAUUCCGAUUUCGUAGUGGAACUUCAUUUGCCUCAAUUACCGGUCUAGAUGAAGACUCCAUCAUUGACGCGAUGAAGCUUUGCUCAUCACUUGGGGUUCUACCUACUGUGCCAGCCUGUGGCGACCCGGCCAUUUUGGAUAGAAUUGCCAAAAAUGUUUUCUCGUCUGGUUUCGUUGGCCCAGAGAGUUCCUUUUUGGUCUCAUCCGAACGUUUUGAGGCGGAUACAGUGUCUCGAGUUGCCCUUUUGGCAGCUGAAAGUGGUUGUCCCGUUCUGUUUACUCGAGUCCACAGCUUGGCCUCACUGAAAGCCCUUGACGAACAGUGCAGCAACGGUGGAGUGGUCUUUGGUGAGACUAGUAUCGCGGCUAUUGGUUGUCCUUUUUCUGGAAACACAGUUUUGCACUCUGAUUGGGCGAAAGCUGCCAGCUGUGUUGCUGAUCCACCAAUUAGAUCCGAGUUGACAGUUGCGCGUAAGCUACUGAACCAUGUAGCCACCGGUAAGCUUUUGGCUGUUGGCUCAGCACAUCGAGCAAUCGCCACUGGUGUUCGCGCUGGAGUGGGUCUAAAAGACUUUCGUCGGAUUCCCGUGGGACAGGCAACUGCUGGAAGUCGUCUUAGUGUACUUUGGAAAUGCGGCGUUGAGAAAGAGGCCCUGCUGGACCCGUGCGCUUUUGUUGCAGCUGUAAGUACGAACCCAGCGCGGCUUUACAACAUUUACCCGCGUAAAGGCCGUAUUGCCGAAGGAAGUGACGCUGAUAUUGUCAUCUGGAAUCCUGCAUCGAAACUCAGUCAACCGGAGCUGGUUCCAGACGGUGUUGAGGACCCCUUCGAGGGACUCCACUUUGCCAACUGUCGACCUGAGGUUGUAAUUCUUAGGGGCCAGGUGGUUGUAAAAGAAGGGCGAUUGGUGGAAUCAUUGAAAAUUAAGGGACGGUUUAUCCAAAGUGAGGGAUUUGGAGACUUCGUCUUCGGUAGAACCAAGACAUUGAAUUCUGUUCUCACGGCUUCCAUUAAGCCUGUCUCUCGGGAACCAUAUUCUGGUCCGGUGGCCAAUCUGGACGCGUCGCGUCAAGAAACGCCACCACCAAAGGAAUCUCAGUUUUACCGCAAAGAGGAUUAUGACAAUGCACCAAGAGUGGCCCUACCUCCGGGGCAUCGGCUGAUUCAUACUUCGGUGAAAACCGCCCAACCUCCCGGUGGUCUGUCGAAUUCGUUUUGGUGGAAUAAUUGA